AGACACGUGGAAGGAGAGAGGGUCCCUCAUCGCUUCACACCAAAGCGGUGGCCGCCGGCGGGGAGGGCCCUAGGGAGCGGGCAGGGCAGGGCAGGGCAGGGCGGGCCGGCGUCGCCGCCAUCUUCGGGCGUAUGGCGGCCUGCGGCUGGUGCCGGUGCCGGGCGGCGCUGGCCCUGCGGGCGGCGGGCGGCAGCCUCUGGGGUCGGCGGGGAGCGGCACCCGAGCCGAGGGCGGUACAUGUCACCUCCCCCAGCCUCUGCUCCGAGAGGGAGAGCAGCGUGUCCUACCAGGAGCUCAAGGACCUGAAGAAAGCCAACGUCCUCCACAUCGAUGUUCGAGAGAAGUGGGAGAUUGAGAGAGAUGGGAAAAUCCCGGCGUCCAUCAACAUACCACUGAAUGAAUUAGUGGAAGCUCUGCAGAUGAAUCCAGCAGACUUUAAGGAGCAGUACAAUCAGAAGAUGCCUGCCAAGUCAGACCAUGUGGUUUUCUCCUGCUUUGCAGGAACAAGAAGUAGACAAGCACUGAGUUUUGCUGAAUCCCUGGGUUUCAGCAGAGUUCAGCACUAUGCUGGUGGCCUUGAAGACUGGGCAAAACAUGAAUCUCCAGAGAAAAAAUGAAGAUUUCAUCCUCCAGCUCCUGCCCCACCUUCAAGAUGCUUUGUAGAUUUUAGCAUUCAAACUACCCACGUUCCUCUUUCAGAAUACAAACCUUUCCCCUUUCCUCAUGUAAAUGGGCAUUUCAUUAGCCAUGCAUAUUAACUGCUUUGUUUAAAUUAAGGACUAUGAAAUGAACAGAUGAUGUUAAAUUUGUUCAGCCUUUAAUUUGCACUACGUUAUUUGCUGGAAGAAAGUGACAAGAAUUUUAAUGUUUUUGGCUACUAGGAUUUUUGCAUGAUUUGCUUUAUGACUUUAAAUAAAUGGUGAAAGUAUGCAUAAAAUUAUCCUUCCCAAAUAACUUUGUUGAGUAGCUUGUUUAGCAUAACUGCAGUUUAAUGGACACUUAGUGUAAGUGUCCUAAGCACAGGUGUAUUAUUCUUCAUGUAUAGCUGUAUUUUUAAGUUUUUGCCGCGUUAUCAAGAGCAUACAAUGGGAAACUGACUUGCUGUUCAAAAUGUGCGAUUCCUUAUUUUAGAAGUAUGUCCAUUUAUAUACACAGGUCUUCUUCUGAGCACAAAAUGCAAUAGCACUCAGUCAACUUGUUCUUUUCCCUUAGCAGCUCAGCAUCAAGUGAGAACUUGUCUAUAUUUACUUGAAGUUGUUAUUACAGAGAUGUAAUCAUCUUAGGCUGGAAAAUUUGAAGUGUCUAAGGAAGCUACCUAACUCCCUGCUUUCUUCUCUGUAUAUUAAUUUGUAUAUCUGAAAUGUUUAAAAAAAAAAAAUCCCACCCCCACCUAUGAAGUUGCAUAGUUAUAAUUCUAAGGAUUGGGUUUUUUUGUUUGUCAUUUUAAUGCUGUUAGCAGUUCAAGGAAACUAGCAAAGCUGAGUUACUCAGGCCUAUAGAAAACUACAGAAGCCCAUGACUCUGCGGGAUGUCUGGAAAAAAGGAGCAAGAUUUCUGGUUCUGCUCUGAGAAUUAGGCAACAAACUGUCACACCUCUGUGGCAGGUGUGUGUCUAAAUGGUGGUACAUUACAUUUGUUCAUGUAGCAUCAUCUGUUUACAAAUUUCUUCUGUAUGACUCUGAGUAGCCUCAGCUACUCAGCUGAAGCUGUUGGUAAUAUAGAGUUACACAGGGAUUCAUUAACCAUUAACACACAUUCAUGCAUAUGUAGUACUUGAAUGUAGUUCUAUACCAGAACUCCACCUAUGUUAAGGGGCCCCUUCCAUUACCUGAACUCUAACUCAGCUUUCCCAAAGCACCAUUUUGCCACCCACAUCAUUUAUCCUGUUCCCCUAGAAGGGAAUUUGUUGAGGACAAAUUUGGGUGUCUUCCAUCCACCAAGUUUUUCAUGUGCCUGUUAUGAGAGGAUCAGUUUCAGCUGGCAUCUCUGAAUAAUUCUGAGUAUUUUUGACUCUUCAUAUACUCUUGGACAAUUCCAUAUAUGGUAAAACCUUCAAAUUUUGUUUGGGGACCAAACGAAUCAUAACAAGAGAUCCUAUAUUCUCUGGGUUUAGAAAACUAAAUUCUAUUAAGAAAUUAAACUUUGGAAGAGAGAGGCUAAAAGAAACACAAACCACUUAGUAAGUGCAGAAUUGUUACCAAUUGGGGGAAAAAAAAAAAAAAAAUCACAUUCUUUGGCACAGACCAGUUGGCAUUUUAGCAGCUGCACAGUGGAGUCCUUCAGUACAUUGUUACUUCACUAAGUGGCAGGCAGAGACAGAGCACAAAGGGCAGAAGCAUUUUGCUCCUGAAGAAAGCCUUUCCCAGAAUCCAGCCUCAUUGGAUGAUGAUGAGAAACUGAGUGGGAGGUUUGUGGAAUUAAUUAAUGCAGUGCAUUAAGAAAUGUUAACAUAAGUUUUCUGAUGCUUAGUAGUGGAUUGUAUUUCAACUGUUAAACACCUUUUAAAAGCAAUUUAAAACAAUGAAAACAUACAACUAAGAUAUUGAAAUAGAUUUACCAACCUUUUUCUCUGUAGUCUAACAGUUUCCAAGCUGUCUAAACAGCUUUUGUAAUUCUCAUCACUGAAUUCAGAUCCUUUGACCUCACUCAAUUGCCUUUCACUGCUUACACUGGAAUCAGAGAUGGUAAUACCAUUGUCACCUUGACAGUAAUUACUUCAGAUGCCUCUAGUUAUCAUCAAGAAUUGCCCUGUAUGAUCUAAAUCUCAGAGCUAAAAUAUUGAUAAUAAAGGUGUGAGGAAAAGUUUGCAAAGGCUCUCUAGCAGUGAGAAAACUUUUCAUCACUCUGUCCACCAUUCUUAAUUGUAUAGAAUUCCCAAUUAAAUAAAUAAAUAAAUGCUUGAGGAAUACGUGA